AGGCUUUUGGUGACCUUUCGGAGUCAUCCAGCACGUAUUUCAGCAAUACAACCUCGCAUAGCAAAUAAUUCUAUCUUCCCCCUUCCCGCUCCUCGAGGCUGUGCAGAACUGCUAGAGUUCCUCUCUACUAUUCUGCUUAUUUCCUCGUAGUUCUACUUUCAGCAACAUCUACUUCCCCCCGAAGCCCGUGUUGUUGUUGUUUUCCUCGUUCUUUAGUACUAUUCGCUCCCCCGUUGUUCUUCGAUCGUUCAGACACACACCAGCUAAGGUUGUUCUCAUCUCGUACUAACUUUUUCGUUCCCUGGUACUGGUACUGAUACUGGUACUAAAAGUAGUCUUUGAGUGCAACCGCAGGAUAAAUUGUGGUGCGAUAUUAAGGUAGUUGUUCUUGUGAACAAGUAUUGUUCUUCUCCAGUAGUGCCAAAACGAAAGUUAGAACCCCGACAUCGUGACCACGAUCGAUCUUCCUUGUCUUCUACUCAGGUACUAGACGACUGAAAAUAAACAUUGUUUUUUUUUGCCAAUAAAACAAGAAAACAUGUCGUGUCACAGUCCGCCGGCGCGCGGCACCUUCAGCCCUGCGUCCCGCGCGGGAACAACAGCGGCAGGAGCCGGGGCGGCGGCCUAUGUGGGGGAGCAAGUGGACCUCCAGGAGCACCUUCAAGUAGAACCGGAGCUGCAGCGGGAAGGCGUUUCCGUCGAGCUGGUAGGUUCGGGGAUGCAGGGAUUGUUGAAAUUCUGCCCUGGUACCGACCUUCCGUCAGCGUUUUCUUCAUCUGCAACCUCCGCUUGUGGAGCGGGCGGCGCCGUCGAAGAGCUGUCGACCACGGAGCAGGAGUCGGACUCAAACUCGUCGUCGAAUUACUGCCACCAGCCGCGGGUCACAACGGCCACGCAGCUUCCCCCGGCCGGCGGACAAAUUUUCUACAACGACAGCGCGCCACCUCGGCGUGCGGUUAGCCUGCUGGAAGAUUUGGAAAUUCCCCAAAAGAUGACCGCCGUGCGGCAGCAGCACGAAAUCCCCUUCGAGGGGGAUCGGGAGGAAGAAGAGCAGCAGCGGCCAUUUUUCGCCGCGCCCGAUUUGGUGACGGACCAAGACGACUCUAGUUCAUCCACGGGACAAAGCCGCGACCAGCACCAGGGUGGUGCUAUGGUGGAAGGAACUGAAGACAACGAACAGGCCGCUGUGAAGCAGCAGAAAAAAGAGGAUGCGGAGAAGCUGAAAUUGAAGCAGGAAUUGACCGAAAAAGAGGAGCAGAUGCGGAAGCAGCAGGAGGAGUUGUUUUACAUGAAGAAGCUGUUGCAGGCCACGGUGGAAACCAUCCAGAAGUCCUCGGGACAGACUAUUGCUUGCUCAAAGGUUACAAUGUCAAGCGUUACAGUAGAUUUUGCAACUUGUGUUGCAUGAUGAGCAUGACAGGCUCGCAGAGGGUUCCACUUUCGGCAAUACAAAUUUCGCCAGAUUGUAGUGGAGUUUGGGACGACUCCGGAACUUGUCAUGCGCAAUCCUAUGAGAGUGGGCUAGAGCAUGCACUCUUGCAUCACAGAUUUCCCUAAUCUAUUGUAACGCUUGGGAUGGUAACAGCUGAGCAGGUUAUACAGACCGGCCAGACAUUGAGCACGGACGGGCUGAUGGGCAAGCUCGGGCUAGUGCCCGGAGACGAGCAACAGGGCGGAGGUGGUCCUGCUUAUGCAUUGCAAAUAUGUCUGGGUCUGGGAACUUGUGAUGCUGGUUUGCGAAACAAGAGAACGCCAGAAAUGACGGCUCAGCAUGACAGGUUUUUGAGUCGCUACGUGUUGCCUAUUCUGCAUGAGAAACUGGGUUUUUGCACGACACAAAAGUGGCGCUUUUGGGUACCUUGCAUGACAGACUUGACAGUCAUGCUAGCAGAGCAUGACAAACGCAGCAUUUUUCCAGACCCAGACAUAUUUGCAAUGCAUACUGCUGUUCCUCCAGCAGGAACAUCUUCUGAGCAGCAACCUCAAAUGUUGAACCGAAUUACUACGGCCACUUCCUCCGUCAGUCCGCAUUCCAAGCAGCGCCCGGAGCGUCAGGUGCCGCCGCCGCCCCCGAUAACGACCGGUGCAGCUGCGGCUACGGCGGAAGCUGCCCAAACAAGCGCGCAGCCCUUGCAGCAGAAGAAAGUCGACUACUCCAAGAUUGGACAGCCCACGAAAAUUAUUGCACGAAAAAAGUGUUUCAUGGUAAGGAUUUUGCAAGUUUUGCAUCACAAGUUUGUUCUACAUGACAGAGAAAAUUUGCCAUGCGACGGUCCUAGGGGAAAACACAGCGAAAGAUCCACUGUAUUGCAUGUGUAGCAACACAAACACUUCGCCGAUGCAUUUUCUGCAUUACAAAUUUACAGUGAGACAGUUUUUUCUGGCGAUAAAAAUGCAAGCCUACAUGCGGAACGUGUCGGAGGCGAAGCAGAUCAUUGCUGGUUAUGGAUUGCAAAUAUGUCUGGAUGUCUGGAAGCUUGCAACUUGUCAUGCUAAGUCCGAAUGAUGCAAAAAUCUGUGUUGCAUGAGUAUCAAAAGCUGGCGUCCACUUUGGACCGAGUUGGGAGGGAGUUUCUACUCAUCGACAGGAUAGGCAUGACAGAAUCAGAAACCUCACAGAGUCUGUCAUCGACUAGGUCCCGCAUUCCAGACCUCAUGGGUCAUGAUGGAAAACCUGCAUGACAAGUCUAGACUCUUCCAGACAUCCAGGGAUAUUUGCAGUUGAUACUGGUAAUCAACAUGCAACUACUAGUUCUUCGAGCGGUGGUGCAACGAGUACAAGUAGUGCAACAACCUCCAUUGCUCCUGCAGCUGGUGUCGUGACUGGUACUACAACUACAACGGCAUUGCCCGCGCAGCAGCAACAGCGGCAGGCGCAGAACAGCAAUCAGCUGCAGCACAGUUCUACUUCCGCGCAACACAACAUGAACAUCGCGAGUGGUAGUCGGCUAUGUAUUGCAAAAGUGUCUGGGUCUGGAAAGUUGGAACUUGUGAUGCUACCUUUGGACUCUAAAAAAAUCUGUAUUGCAUGAAGAGCAUACGAGAUGCAAUUUGUGCUACGCGGAGAGGGCAUUUCUCAUGCGGUAUGAGCAUCAGAAAGCCCUCGCAGACUCUCUGAUGCUAGGGCAUGCAUCACAGACCUCAUGGGUCAUGGAAAAUCUGCAUGACAAACUUCCAUCCAGACCCAGACAUUUUUGCAUUUGAUAUCGGCACAUGUCGGGAAGUGCUGCGCGAGCUACGGGCAGCGCAACUGCUAUCCUGAGUAAAAACGUACCCACACCAGAGGCAGGAUGAGGAUUUUGCAACACAAACCUAGGAGUUUUGUGAGUCACGCAUGACAGGUUGCACUGUGCAGUGUAGUGCAGGUUAGCAAGUGCAGCCGCAUCACAGAUUCUUCUGCUCAUCCUGUUCACAGCAUCACAAAUUCCAAAACACGAUUGGAAAUGGCUCUCAUGGGCAUGCGCAUUACAAGUCUUCCUGUCUUUGCAGAUCUGCAUUACAACUCUGGUGUGGGUACGUUUUUACUCAGGAUAACUGCAGCAGCAGCUGCCUCGUCCAUGCAGUACAAUAAUUACGCACAACAACAACAAGAGCAGCAAAGCAGGAUGAAUAUGCAGCAAACUCAUGGCUCCUUUCAUCAACAAUCGACGUCGCAGCACGCCGCGCAAAUGAUGCGGAGUUCCCAACAUCAAUCCGCGCACCAAAAUCAGAAGCUUGCAGUCCAGCACAUGCUGUCGCAGUAUAACAAAACGACCGCGGCGGGGGCUUCUGGUGCGCACCAAGCGCAAGGUGUGAUGUCCACCUCUCGUGGAGGGUACAACAGCACCAGCGGGGGUCAUCAAGGCGCACAGUACCAGAAUAAUCCGCAGAUGAUGAAUGGCAAUGGUGCCACUGCUCCGAUGAUGAACAAGAACUAUCUGGCGAACCAAGUCAACGUUGCUUUUUCCGGCACGCACCAGCGGUUGCAGCGGCAGCAGGGAGGAUCUAAUCAUGCGACCUCGAUGAUGUUGCACCAGCAAAAUCAAAAUGUCUCGUCUGCCGCCAUGCAACGCAGAAUGAUGCUGGAACAGCAACAGCAACAACACAACCGGUCCACCUUCUGCCCCCCGACGACGUCGAUCCCGCGAAACAGUGCGCAGCAACGCCAACAAAAUCUUCAAGGGAGCAUGAUGAUGAACAACAGCUUCGUAUCCUGAGUAAAAAUGUCCCCACACCAGAGUCAAAAUGUGAAAUCCGCUAGACAAAUCAGCCACCUCUGGUUGUUUCGCAUGACAGCUUUAAUAUCCUCGUAGCGUAAUCCUGUUUAGCUAGUUCCGAAGCAUCACAGAUGUAGCAUAUCGUGGUGAUUCUAGCAUCACAAAUUCCAAAAACAGGAUUAGGAAAUGGCUCUCAUGGGGCUCCUCCGCAUGAGAAACUUUUUCGGCAUGCAGAUUUACGUGACAACUCUGGGUCUGGGGUGGGGACAUUUUUACUCAGGAUACUUCGCCAACGGUAAAAUGAAUGGGCAGCAGCAGCCGCGUGCAACGUCACAGCAACAAGGUGCAACUAGUACUGCUUAUCCUGCUGCUCCGUCGUACAGUGUUCUGACACGCUCUGGGUUGUCUUCGCACCGGACCGCGCACAGCCGAAGCAUAUGGAUUGCAAAAAUGUCUGGGUCUGGAAGAUUUUCAGAUUUGUCAUGCAGCUUUUCUAUGGCCCACGAGGUCUGGAAUGCAGGGCCUUGCAUGACAGAUUCUGUGCGAUCUCCCUCAUGCCUAUCCUGCAUGAGAAACUCCCUCCCGACUUGGUCGAAACUGGACGACUUUUGGUAAUCACGCAACACAGAUUUUUGCAUGCUUCAGGUUUAGCAUGACAAGUUACAUUCUUCUAGACCCAGACAUUUUUACCUUUGAUACAGCAGCAGUAGCCGCAACAGCAAGGAGCUCGUGAAUGCCGCGGCGCGGAAACUGUCCAACGAACUGGUAUCCUGAGUAAAAACGUACCCACACCAUAGUUGUCAUGCAACUCUGCAUGCUUAAAAUGUUUCUCAUGCGGAGCCCCAUGAGAAGCAUUUUCUAAUGCGGUUUUGAAAUUUGUCAUGCUCCAAUCAGCACGAGAUACUAGAUCUGUAAUGCUGCUAAACUAGCUCAAACAGCACUACACUACGCGGACAAACUUGUCAUGCCAAACAACCAAAGCUGGCUGAUUUGUCUAGCAGAUUCCCCAUCCUGACUCUGGUGUGGGUACGUUUUUACUCAGGAUAACUGGUGGCGCUGGUUCAGCAAGGUGGCACUGGUGGCAAGAAGGAAACUUGUAAGAACGCUGGUGCAGCUACUAGCACGACCUCCUCUCGGGCGGCAUCCGUGUCCUCAGGCACUACCGCAACUGGUACAACUAAAGCACCGGCAGCUCCUGCAACCUCCAACAAUGCUUACUCGAAAUUGGCACAGCCGACGAGGCAGCAACUCGCCAUGCGGAAUGCGUCGCUGCUGAAGCAACAGAUGCUGUUGACGACCCCUCCUGCAGCUGGUACGAACAACACAUUAAAGGUGGACCUAGUGAAUGGAAUGCAAGAAAUUCUUCCUGCAGGAGGAUAUGGAAUGCAGAUAGGUCUGGGUCUGGAAAGUUGGAACUUGUGAUGCUGCAUUUGGAUUCUAAAAAAAUCUGUAUUGCAUGACCAGCAAGACGAGGAGUCUAGUUUGUGCUACGCGGGGAGGGCAUUUGUCAUGCGGAGUAGGCAUCAGGAAGGGUUCUAAAAGUCUGUGAUGGUAGGGCAUGCAUCACACACAAUCCUGGGUCAUGCAUAAUAUGCAUGACAAACCCGACAACAUUCCAGACCCAGACAUUUUUGCAUUUGAUAGAGGAGCUCUGGAAGGAGCACCCGAGCAUGAAGUAGAGGAAGAAGAUUUUUCCGAGCCUAUUUCGACUUCCACCGAGGAUGUGGACGAGCACUUAUCGAGCACAACUUCGGUGCAAGUCACGACUUCCACCGAGGAGGCUGUAACUGUUGCGGACCAGAGGAUUGCGAUUGCUCAACAGCAGGAGCAUCUUAAUGGCGGCGGGGAGACAACUUCUACCAAGCUCGAAACCUCCUCCACCAACCGGCGCAAGCAACUGGUUCUGGAGGCCAUUGACCUGACCGACGAGCUUUAUUCUCCCGUCGACGAGGCGCUGGCCGCGCAGGAGGACUUUUCGCCCGAGGAUGAGGAGGAUGAGGAGAAUUUGAUGUUUGUAUCGCAGGCAAAAACUGUUUCACUGUAUAGCUUCUAAUGCAGAAAGUGUAUCCCAGAAGGAUUUGUCUUGCUACUCGACAUGCGAAGACAGUUAAUUUUUUAGUAUGUCUACUUUUCCCUUUGGAACCUUGUAUGCCAAAUUUUUUUUUGUCAUGUAGAACAAACCUGCGAAGAAAGAUGCAAAACUUGCAAAAAAAUCGUAUAGAGUGAAACAUCGUUUUUUCUUGCGAUAGUUUGGCAUGGAAAAUUUUUACGGCUUCGAGACUAUUCCUGGUGUGAACACGGCCGGAGGUCGUGCCGGUGAUGCUACUACAACAACGUUUGGUGUCGUGCACGCUAAACUCGAUGUUCUCGAGGGUGCAGGAACCACAAUUCAUCUCCCAGCAGAGGACGACAUGAGUCCCAAAAUAAAUGUCCGCAGCCCACAAGAAGUAGGAGAGCACCAGCAACCCCCGCAGCCCGAAAUAUUAAACAACAUUGCAAUCGAAAGUUCUACCGCGACGGGAUCGUCGAUUUUGGAGCAGCAAACCACUACGUCGAUCGACGUGCAGGUGCAGCUGCAGGUGGUGUCGACGAUGGAUGAGGACAUCAGUGUGAACAACAACGGUCAGCAACAUGAUGAGUACCUUUCUCUUUGUUCUGCCACGGCACAACAGCAAACGGGAACCAUGGCGAGUCGCCCGGUUGUUGUUCCUGGCGGUGCGCCGGGCUUGACGCUUGAUCUGGACGCGAUUUUUGCGAAUCACAAGGAGGAGCAGGUUGACACUAUCGAGAGUGAAGACGACGACGAAAACAACGUCGAGGACUUGGACUCGGAUUCGGAUUCGGAAAUCCCCCCGCCACCGCCUCCGGAGCUGCAAGCGGACGAACAAGCGGAGGAACAGAUGAAUGCUGCUCAAGAUGAACUUGAUGUAGUUCAUCUGGGGCCCGCCCAAGAAGAGGAGACAGCUCCUAUCCUGAGUAGAAACGUCCCCACCCCAUAGUCAAGAUGGGGAUUUUGCAACACAAACCUGGAAGUUUUGGGACUCAUGCAUCACAAGUUGCAGUCCGUAGUGUAGUGCAGGUUAGCAAGGGCAAACGCAUCAGAAAUCCAUCUCAUUAUCCUGGUUGCAGCAUUACAAAUGCCAAAACACGACUAGAAAUUCCUCUCAUGGAGAUGCCCAUUACAACUGUUCCUGUCAUUGCAAAUCUGCAUGACAACUCGGGGGUGGGGACGUUUUUACAAAUGAUAGCUCCCGUUCUGAAGACCUACUGGAACGCCCCUGCUUCCUUGAGCACUGUUACCCAGCAAACGAUCGGCGCCACCAGUCCGACAGACGGUGACGGAACGACUGCUCAGCCACUGCAACAAGUUGGCGCCGUUCCAGCGCAGCUGACUCUGGAGCAGAAAGCCACGCCGGAAGAGGUGGUUUACUUCAUGAAAAAGGAGAUUUUGGAGAACUACAUCCAGUGCAAAUCCCACUCUGGUCCUGGCAACAACAGCCAGAAACUCACCUCGAAGAAGCUGCAAGACCUGGUCUACCAACGGUUUGGGUUGCGGACCAAUGAGUUGCGGCAGAUUUUGGGUUCGCAUCUGACGGUGGGCCAGUGGAUGAUGAGUGUCAUUCAGGCGUGGAAGGUCUACACCUACCAAAAUCGGAUUGGCAUGGGGAACAGCAGCUCAAGCUCUGGGAGCAUGAUGGGGCCGACCAAGAAUGUGGUGGUGCAGCGGAACGCGAAUGGGGUUCCGAUUCGGUACAGCAAUUCGAAUAGCAACUCGUCUCGCGGUGGUCAACACCUCCCGAUCGGGCACGGUCUGGGUGCGCAAGGAAACAAUCGGUUCAGUGCGCUCAGUACCUGCAGUAUCCCACAGAAAAAAACAUUGUAGGUGUAAUUUUUUUGGAGGAACAGCAUCACAAAUUUGUCUGGCAUUACAGCCAAAACCUGUCAUGCGCAGAUAGUACGGGAAAACGCUUUUUAAUGGACCCUAUGAUGCAUGCCAAGCAUGACAGACGCAAUCAUCUUGCGUGUUGCGCAUCACAAAUUUACAACGUUUUUUUCUUGGAUAUGCAGUUCCCCGACUGCCCGGUCUACCGCGUCCGGCGUCGCAACCUCGUGCGCCUCCCCGUCUGACUCGAUGGCGGGUUCGCAGUCGCCGCCGGCGCGCCGCCAGCACAUGAUGAACGUGCGAGGGCAUGCGGGUCCGCGUAUCCUGAGCAAAAACGUCCCCACCCCAGAGUCAAGGAGGGGAUUUUGCAACACAAACUUGAAAGUUUUGGGAGUCACGCAUGACAAGUUCUUGCAGGCUGUAGUGUAGUGUAGCGGUCUACUAGCAAGGAGAGUCGCAUGGCAAAUUCAUCUCCUUAUCCUGUUUUCAGCAUUACAAGUUCCGAAACUGCAGGAUUGAAAAUGCCUCUCAUGUGGAUGCGCAUUACAAAUGCUCCUGCUAUUCCUAUUGCAGCGAACCUGCAUGACAACUUUGGGGUGGGGAUGUUUUUGCUCAGGAUAUACAACCGGGGAUCGUCGUCGGGAAUGUACGGGAUGCCACCAGGCCUGAACCGGAGCGCGUGCCUAUCCUGAGUAAAAACGUCCCCACCCCAGAGUUGUCAUGCAGAUUUGCGACGACAGGAAGAUUUGUAAUGUGCAUGUCCAUGCCAGGCGUUACCAAUCGUGUUUUGGAAUUUGUGAUGCUAUCAACACGAUAAGCAGAUGGAUUUGUGAUGCGAUUGUCCUUGCUAACGUGCACCGUACUACGAACUGCAACUUCUCAUGCGUGGCUCCCAAAACUUGUGGAUCUGGAUUUGUCUUGCUAGGUUCCCAACUUGACGACUAUGGGGUGGGGACGUUUUUACAUAUGAUAGUGCCCGUGGUGA